CUUCUUCCUCCUGCCUCUCUCCCUCUGUCUGUAAAUCCCUUUUCCUGCUCCCUCUCUUCAACGGGGAUGGGACAGGAAAUGCGUACGGCAAAACCGGUUAACUCCGAUGAUUCCGUCAGCAGCCCCGUCGACCCUCUGGUCACCGCGGUGGGAAGCGGGACUAACAGGAGGAAGAAACGGGUAAAAUCCGAUUCGGAUAACGAGUGUGCUUCGCAGUUGAUCAGGAGAGAGACCAAGAAGGCGAAACGGGUAGUAGCCGACCCCGAUUGCAGGUUCGAUGGGGAACCGAUUCCCGCCUUAGAAGCUAGAAAGAAGUGGCCGUCUCGUUACCAGUCUAAAGUGAAGAAAGGGGCUGUUGCAGAUGAGGAUAUGGAAUUAGAAGCAAGGUGCCAUUAUGAACGUGCAAUUAUUGAUGGUGUUCUCUUCAAGUUAGAAGAUGAUGCCUACGUCCAGGCAGAAGAUGGAAAACCUGAUUACAUUGCAAAAAUAAUUGAGAUGUUUGAAACAACAGAUGGUGAACAUUAUUUUAGAGCUCAGUGGUUCUAUAGAGCUGAAGACACGGUUAUCAAGAAUCACGCAAAUCUUGUUGACGACAAAAGAGUAUUCCUUUCAGAUGUUGAAGAUGACAAUCCAUUGAAUUGCAUUGUUUCCAAAGUAAAAAUUGCUCAAGUCGCCCCAAAUAUGGACCCAGAUGCAAAGGCCAAAAUAUUAUCAUCCUAUGAUUUGUAUUGUGAUAUGAAAUACAAAUUGUCAUAUUUGACAUUUUCAAAUAUGAUUACAGAAAACCAAAGAAGAGAUUCUGAUGCAUCAUCAUCAAUAUCAAGUGAAAGCGGUUCUCACAGCACGAUUGAUAAUAUUAGUAAUGAAGAUGUAGAAUCUAAAAAAAUUUGCAAGUCUGAUAAGUCCAAAUUGCUUUUAUUGGAUUUGUACUCUGGAUGUGGUGCAAUGUCUACUGGCCUAAGCAUGGGUGCAUCUUUGUCAGGCACAAGAUUAGUUACUAGAUGGGCUGUAGACAUUAACUCUCAUGCAUGUAAAAGUCUGAAGAAAAACCAUCCUGAAACUGAGGUAAGAAAUGAGGCAGCAGAAGAUUUUUUGAAUUUGUUGAAGGAGUGGGAAAAAUUGUGUCAGAAAUUUGGAUUGAUCAGUACAAAAGAACAAUUGGAACCAAGCCUUGGCUUGGAAAGUGAAGAAGUAGAAGAAGAAAAAGAAGAAGAUGAUGAUGAUGACUUUGAAAUUCCUUCUGAAGAAUUUGAAGUAGAAAGGUUUCUAGCUAUUUGCUUUGGAGAUCCUAACAAAGUGAAUCAAUCUGAAUUAUAUUUAAAGGUACGUUGGAAAGGCUAUGGUCCUAGUGAAGACACAUGGGAGCCUAUAGAUGGAUUGAGUAAAUGCACAGAUAAAUUGAAGGAAUUUGUGACACAAGGGUAUAAGUCAAACAUAUUACCUCUUCCUGGUGGUGUUGAUUUUAUAUGCGGAGGGCCCCCAUGUCAAGGCAUUAGCGGCUUUAAUCGCUUCAGAAACCAGGAAGCUCCAUUAGAUGAUAUAAAGAAUCAUCAGUUGGUGGUGUACAUGGACAUAAUUGAUCACUUAAAACCGAAGUAUGUCCUAAUGGAAAAUGUUGUGGACAUUGUAAAAUUUGCUGGUGGGUUUUUAGCACGCUAUGCUGUAGGUCGCCUUGUUUCCAUGAACUAUCAAACGAGAUUAGGAAUGAUGGCUGCAGGGUCAUAUGGUGUACCACAAUUUAGGAUGCGGGUUUUCUUAUGGGGUGCAUGUCAUUCGGAAAAAUUGCCUCCUUAUCCACUGCCAACUCAUGAAGUUCUAUCCAAGGGUGUGAUUCCCACUGAAUUUGAGGAUGUGGUUGUUGCUCAUGAUAAAAAGGAGCCUUGCAAGUUGGAAAAAGCUCUCGAUCUCAAUGAUGCAUUAUCAGAUCUUCCCCCUGUGACGAAUGAGGAGAGUAAUGAGGAAAUCAAAUAUCAGAAUGCUGCUCGAACAGAAUUCCAGAGAUAUAUUAGACUUAAAAAGACUGUUUUAGGUUCUAAUUAUGCUAUGAAGUUUGUCAAUGGACGUUCACUCAAGCCCUUUGGACGUUUAUGGUGGGAUGAGAUUGUUAACACAGUAGUGACAAGGGCAGAACCUCACAACCAGUGUAUCCUUCAUCCUGAGCAAGAUCGUGUACUAACAAUACGUGAGAAUGCAAGAUUACAAGGAUUUCCAGAUUGCUACAAACUUUAUGGGCCUAUCAAAGAGAGGUAUACUCAAGUUGGAAAUGCAGUGGCCGUUCCAGUGGCUACUGCAUUAGGGUAUGCAUUUGGUUUGGCAAGCCAAGGAUUGUGUGAUGAUCAACCUUUGAUAGAUUUGCCUUUUAAAUUUCCCAAUUGUCUCAAGCAGUCUCCACAGAAUGAAGAAGAUUCUCAUUGAACUUUCAUUAAUUCAAUUUACAUUUUAUAUUAUAUUCUUCAUGGUAACAUGAACAUGUAUGAUUAUUAUCAAUACA